CUGGUUUUCUUCCUCUUCAAGAAUCAUGCUGUUCUUAGUGUUGUGUUCUCGAUUAAUUCUUUCUGCAUGAUCUGUUGGCCGGCCAAACGAACAUCAACAGAAUUUAGGUUCAGAUGAGUACGAUGCAUAUAUCUCCUCCUAGAAUUAUCAAGAUCUUUCAACCGGUUUUGCCAUGACGAUCCAUUCAAGCACGGCCUUUUAUUUUCUCCAAGUGACAAGACUCUAGAAUAACAGUAGAAAUUCUUUCACGAAUCUAGUUCGUGCGCGCUCCACUCCAGUGCCCGGUGAUGUUUUUGCCGGUUGGUAGCACGUCGCUCUACCAGGUUUUUGUUCUUUAUACCACCAGAUGCAGCUGAUAGGGUCUCGCGAUCUCGUCUCUCGGUAAUCAUGUCUUCCUGCUUCCUAUGUUUUGCCAAAACUGGCGAAUCUCCUGGUCCAAGUACUCGCAUAAUUUAUACCUGUCCUAAGCAAGGUAGCAUCACUAAGCCGUAUACUAACAAGAGUACUUUCCCCAAAUUAAUUGCAUUACAUGUCGUCGAGUAGGACCAUGCGUAAUUCGACCCUAGAGAGUUGCUGAUGCUUGUUUGUCUGUAACCCGGCCUCCUGGUAGUAAUCUGGUGAUGCUUGCAAUGGCAUGGACAAAAAGAAGUCCAAUCUGGUGCUCUUUAGACACUAUCAGAUAGUAACUUGUAGCACAUGAAAAAUAACAGAGAAAACUUGUAGCACAUGAAAAACAACAGAGCAAUCUUGUUUGUUGGGCUUCUGAAAAAAAAAAGUCUUCUUUGUUGUUGAAUUUGCGUAGUCAUCCAGCAUUCACGAUUUUCGUUCUCAUCUACUCCAUGAUUUAGACCUACAGAACACCAUGAUUUAAACUGAACGGGGUUUAACUGGCAACACCAAAGCUUCCAUCUUUUCGUGACAACAACUGAAUGUGCUAUUCUUGGGCUUUCUCCAUCAGAUAAGGUUCCGUUUUAGAGAUUCCCGGACCAGAAAAGAAGCCAUGCUUUUCAUCUGUUCGUCCUCUGGUUUGGCAUCAAACAUGGCAUAUCUUGGCUUAGCAGUGGAUCAGAUACUUCCCUUUAUUUGUCACACCUCCCAUCUCUGAGUUCCAAUUUUCAGCUAUUCUGCAAACAUGACAUGUGUAUCUGCUAAGAUUGUUAGCUAGAGAACUUCUGUUGUGCUUCUCUAGUCAUCAGGAUAAUUCUGAAUUAUUUUCUUAGAUUCCUGCAUUGACAGCAUAAUCAACUGUCGUCUUCGGAAUCACGUAAACCCGAAGCAAUCUUAGACAAAAAUGUGUCAAUUCAGACAUCAUAGUGCUUAUCCACGAGGCUAAGCAUGCCCAUCUCUUGACAUUCAGUUUGUCAUGAUCACCACAACUGACAAGAACAACACAUGUUCUUUUAUCCUUGUACACUCAUGGCUUAUCUGCACUCUGGUGAGAGCUAAGGAAAGAAAGUGACUCUAGGGAAAAAAAAAGGUUCAGACUUCAGAGAGAGAGAGGGUUCGUUUCAGAGAUGAAGAGCACCAGCGCCCAAGAACCGUGUGAGGAUCAGCUGUCUGACAUCAGCAGCCAGGAGGCGUCCAACUCCUCCUCCUGCCCGCCGGCCACCCUCGAGCUGUCGCUCACCGUCACCGCCGCCGCCACCACCACCGAGUCGAGCACCACCGACAGCAACGCCGGCAGGGGUGCGCAGGCCGCGGCUGCCGCGCGGGAGCCGGCGCGUGUGUUCACGUGCAACUACUGCCAGAGGAAGUUCUUCAGCUCGCAGGCGCUGGGCGGGCACCAGAACGCGCACCGGCGCGAGCGCACGAUGGCCCGGCGCGCCGUGCACCGUCUCGACGCCUACCCCUACGGCUACGCCGACGUGGCCUCCCUCCCUCUCUACGGCUCCCACGGCCUGUACCCCAUCGGCAUCCAGGCGCACGCGUCGGCGCACCACCAGGGCGUGGCCGUGCCGGCGCCGGCGGACCGGCAGCAGCAGCUGCAGCAGCAAGACCAGGCGCGGGCGAGGGCGCUGCUGGGCCCGAUGCCGUUCCUCGUGGGCGCCGACGAGGAGGCCAGCUUCGGGUGGCCGGGAAGCUUCAGGCCACCACCGUCGGCUGGCGGCGUGCUCCCCGCCGGCGCGGCCCUCCACCACUCUGGCUCCUUCUUCGGCAGCAGCAGCGGCAGCGUGGUGGUGCAAGCCGACGAGGAGCCCGACCUGACGCUUAGACUCUAGCCAGUCAGUCCGUACGACGUCGAUCGCCCGUAGAUUGGUGCAACUCGAUCGCCAGGUUCUUGAGAAUUGCUAGCUUUGCUUCCGCUUGAUGUCGAUCAGAUUAUUCAUCAGAACAUAAUGGUGGUAGACGACCCGUAUUGUUUCAUGCGAGCGUACGUCGGUACGUACGUGGAAGUAUUUUUGUACAGCUUGUGCUCUUCUGUGGUAUUGGUAGUAACGUGUACUCUGGAGUUUCCUGGGUAUAAGAUUCAUGUAUAACCAUGUUACCCAUGCAUUUCUGAUUGCUUUU